AUGGCAGACCUAGUCAGACGUGUAAUUCUCUUAGUACUUUCCCAACAUUGUUAUGAUGAAUACUUCAUUAAUUUUAACUUCUUUGAUGGACCAUGUUUGAGAGCAACAUUAAGCACAGUUUUAGGACUGGGGAUUGUAGCUGGCUCUGUAAUGGUGAAAGUGCCUCAGAUCACCAAAAUACUGCAGAACAAAACUGCAGAAGGUAUCAGCUUUCUGAGCGUUGCUCUCGAUCUCUUCGCUAUCACUUCCAACAUGUCGUAUAACGUCAUAAAGGGAUUCCCCUUCAGUGCGUGGGGUGAGGGUUUCUUCCUGGCGUCACAAACUGCCAUCAUCGGAGCACUAGUUCUGUUCUUCGGGCGAUCGAGCAAAGAGACUGUGCUCUUCACCGUUUCCUACCUAGCAAUCUGCGUUAUCCUCAUGGGAGGUUACACACCUGUUAACAUCCUAUGGUCAAUGCAGGCCCUGAAUGUCCCCAUCAUCUGUGUUAGUAAGCUGAUCCAAGCAGUCACCAAUUACAAGAACCGGAGUACAGGCCAACUUUCAGCCGUAACAUGCUUCAUGCUGUUCUUUGGCGCGCUUGCCCGCGUGUUCACGACCAUACAGGACACUGGUGAUAACAUUCUUCUCUUUACCUACCUUUGUACAUCGAUACUGAACGGUAUCAUUGCCGGGCAAGUCCUUUGGUACUGGAACUCUGACAAAGACAAGAAAGAUUAGAUCAAAACAUGCUCCUUUUUUUUUUUUUGCGAUUAUUUUCUUUUGGUGUUGGAAGAUUUCAAGGAGGUGUAUAUAUUUUUCACAAAUUCCAGUUGAUAUAUUUGAAUGUCUUGUAGGCAUAAAAAUGCGUAUACUUGAGACGAGUUCUACCUUUUGGGAUAUAACGCCGUGUACAUCGGUGAAAUCAAGCAUCCUCUGCUUGCUGCCUGCUUUAUCAUGGGUUCUCUCUUGGCGUACUAGUUGAUCCUGAAGAUGAUGGUGAUGUGUCCCUGAAAUAUCCGUUGACUUUCAAUGGACUUACAUGACCUUAUAUACCAGAAGAUCGAACUCUUUACAGUAAACGCUGUGAGAACCUCAAACCCAACGCAUGUUUUUAAAUUCAGCUUUCUUGGUAAUCUGCAGUUUUGUGUUAAUUUCAUUCUAUCGGUCCAUUAGUAAUGUGAAUUUUGAGAACGAAAUUUGUGAUAUAAACAUUGUUUCGUGCUGUGAAUAUAUCAGAAAAGUGAACGUAGUUCGCUGCUACAUUCCAGUUCAUUUUUUUUUUGAAAUAUAGUUAAAACGUAUAUAACAUGAAAUGUUAAUAAUAAUUAUCUCCAGUCUUGCCAUUCAGUUUUUUUAAAUCAGGGUCAUGCGCACUUUACUUCUAGCACGUAAGUGCUGAUAGUGGAGUUGCUUUUGUAUCAAUGAGCUCUCCCAUUGUCAUUGUUACUCCCAUAAUCUAUCCGGCGUCAUAAUAUGCAGCAUCUUCGUGUGAGAAAAUGUUACUAACAUUAAUUUUUCUGCGUUAAUUUCUACUUCCUUGUUUGAGUGUUAUUUCCUUUAAAAUGUGUCUCGUCGUAUGUCUUCAGCACAAUCCUUGUAUCUUCAGGCGUUGAAUCUGUUUCUUAUAACCAAGACCCGGAUUUUGAUGACAUGUCAUCUUUUUUUUCCUUGUAUCCUUUGCGAUGCUCUUAAAUAUAUAAAUCUC